AUGAGCAACAGGCCUAUGGGCGGGCCUGGCUCCGCCUCCCCGCACCAAUUCAACAUCCUCGACCGCGCGCUGCCGAAGGGAAAGAGUACGGUCAGCUUGAGCGCCAUGACGUUCCUGUUCAGGGAGAUGAUACGGUACUCGCAGGAUCGGUCGGGAUCGGUCGCCGAGCUGGAGGGGAGGCUGCACGCCUUGGGCGAGGGAGUGGGUCGGCGGUUGCUGGAGGUGGUCGUGUGGCGGGACCGCGGCGGGCGGCGGGAAACGACGCUCCUGGGCAUCCUCGCUCUCAUCCAAAACACGCUGUGGAAGGCGCUCCUGGGGCGGCCGGCGGCGUCCUUGGAGAAGGGCCUGCAAGCAACUGACGAGUACAUGAUCAGCGACCCCUCCCCCCCCCUGACUCAGUUCAUCUCCCCGUCCAAGGACGUCGGGCACUUCACGCCAGCGUCGUUCCUGGCGGGCGUCGUGGCAGGUGCUUUGCAGGCGGCAGGCUUCCCCGGACGUGUGACCGCGCACUUGGUGGCUGUUGAGGGCCAGGCGGCGCCGCGGACGACCAUUCUGAUCAAGUUCGACGCCGUGGUGAUGGACAGGGACGCCCAAGCGAGCGCGUGA